AUGAAUAACGACAAAGAAAAAUUUAUCGCAUUCACUGAAAGAGAUGAAUUUGAUGGAAAUCAAAAACUUGUCAGCAUUUUAUAUCCAUAUUCUUACGAAGGAUAUUCAUUACUUGAAUUAUGUUGUUACCAUGGAGCAGUUGAUUGUUUCAAGUUUUUAAGAACGAAAUUCAACUCAGAAAUAACUCAAAAAUGUCUAGAACUUUCAUUUUUGGGAGGAAUUCAAGAGAUUAUGAGUGAAUGUUUGAAACAUCAGAUACCAAAUAAAGCAUGCAUGGAAUAUGCAAUUAUUUCACACAACAUCGAUGUCGUUACAUUCUUGAUGAAUGAGUACAAUAUAGAGAUCAAUUUAGAAGAUUGUGGAAUUUACAAUAAUAUUGAAUCCUAUUUAGUUUAUUUCGAUCAAACCAAUGAUAUAAACAAAUGCUUUGUUUAUUCAUCGAUUUUAAAUAUUCCAUCCCUUUUGUAA